AUGCUCAUAUGGGGGAGAAUGCAUACAUCAACAGCGACGGUUGCAGUGCUCAAGGAGAAGCAAGACCAAGAAGUUGUGAUAGACGAGCGGGAGCUGCUGGUGCGCACGGCGAGGUCUUCGGGGGCUGGAGGUCAAAACGUGAAUAAGGUCGAAACUGCUGUGGACCUGCUGCACAUCCCCUCCGGCAUUCGCGUCUUUUCGCAGCAAGAAAGGACUCAGGCUCAAAACAAGAAAGUGCUGCAGGGCCAAAGACACCAAAAGAUCCGCAGCUAUAAUGCCAAAGCUGGCAGAGUCAAUGACCACAGGCUGGGGGCCCCCCGCAGCUUUUCUUACAAGCAGCUGCUGCUGCAGGGGCAGCUGCAGGAGCUGCACUUGCUGCUGCUGCUGCAGCACGCCAGACACAGGCUGCAGCAGCGCCUGCUGCCCCUCACCCAGCAGCAGCAGCAGCAGCCUACGCAGAAUCAGGCUAGCUCUGUCGCUGCUGCGCAGCUCUCGCAAACAUAG